AUGGCCACACAAGGUGUUAAUGGACCCGUGCUCACCCCAACAUCCGCCCAUAUUGACUUGACGUCCGUCGCGCUGCAGGUUCUCCGUUAUUCGGCCCUCGUUGCCGGUCUCGUCUACGGCUUCUACCACCAGAACUCGAUCACAGCCCAGGCUAAGCAGGCCGAGGCUGGCCGUGAAUAUGCUCGUCAGGAACGUCUGAUUGAGCAGGCCAAGGCGGAAUGGAAGAAGAAGACGGCGCCCAAGGACAGCAAGACAGACAGUGGGGUCAUCACGGAUCCUAACGACAGCCGGUUCGACCUGGAAGCCUUCCUGAAGCUGAAGGCUGGGGAGCUAUAG